UUAUAAAAAUAAAAAAACAUAAAGAGAAAUGCCCAAAAGGGUGAAAACAAAAUCCAAUUGUGUGAAAACCCUAUAUACCAUAACAUAAUGUACAAGCAAAGCAACAAGUGAAUUGAACGAAGAAAUCUAAAUCUCCAUGGAUUUCUCCGCUCAGUACCAACAGCAAGGGGCAUCACAAUCCUCCAUUGCUCACCCUUCACAAAUCCAACCCUACGAUCCAUCAACAGCAACAACAUAUGCUCAAUACCAACAACACCCACAACAACAAUUGGCAUCUCAAUCAACUGACCCCUCUCAAAUCCAACCAUAUGAUCAAUCAUCUUACUAUGCAUAUCAUCAAUACAAUCAAGAUUACAGUCAGCAGUAUCAGUAUUCUUACUAUCCGCAAGACUAUUACUCAACACAUGCUUAUCAGCAAUAUCAGACUGAACCCAGUUCGGUUCAUCCACCUGGGGUUCCAAUUCCGCCGCCUUCCGAUCCUUAUGCUACACAGCAACAACAACCACCACCCCAGUAUUCGUAUUAUCCUCAACAACAACAGCAGCAGCAGCAACAAGGGGUUAAUUAUGGAGAGGUUGCUGCUACAAUGCCUACUGUGUCCCAUACACCUGCGAUUGUACAAUCUUCAUACAAAGGUAAAGGUAAAAGGGUUGGCAGACCCUACAGAGGAGGUCCCCAUGGCCAUCUUGGUGGUGGACAGCUACAACCUAGCUAUGCAUUACCAACAAAUUCUGAGAACCAGCCAAAAGUUCUACAAGGAGCAUCACAGAUCCAAGGAGGCCCAUCCCAAGUUAAGCCUUCGUCAUCUGCCUCAGGCAAUUCAGCUUCUGGCCAGCCACCUCCACGAAUGGUUUGUUGCGAACUCUGUAAGGUUGAAUGCAAUACGCCUGAAGUUCUUGAACAACAUAAGAAUGGAAAGAAGCAUAAAAAGAACCUGAAAGCCUAUGAAGAGCGACAGAAAUUGAACAAAUCGAUGGAUGGAGCACAUGGUCACCAGACACCAAAUUCUGAAGCUAAGCAGAGGGUUUCUUACCAGCCUGCAGUUGAGGUAUCUGGGCAGCUGCCUCUGGGGCAUUUGCCUUCUGAGGUUGUAACUGGAGACAGGCAGCUGCAGCCCCAAGAACAAUUUCCCCCUCAUACUGUUAUAGAAGAAGAUGGUAGUAUAACGGGGAAACAAAAGGUUGAAGAGACAGCUCCUGUGGAUCAUGUUCAAGGUCAUGGGCGUGGAGUCAAGCGCAGUCUAAGAGGUGGGCGAGGCGGUAAAUUGAUGAAGUUGCAGAAUGGCUCAAAAAAACCUGAUGUGCCCGCUAAGCCCCAAAAAGUGGUUCCUUUAAUAUGUGAACUCUGUAAUGUGAAGUGUGAAUCAGUGGUUGUUUUCCAAAGCCACCUGGCAGGAAAGAAACACCUUUCAAAUGUUAAAGAUUUCCAAGGCCAACAAGCAAUGGUUGGACAAGCUGCUCUGCAAGCAUUAUACCCAGCCUUGCAGGCUCUUUACCCAGCGCUUCAAGCACUAUGCCAACCUAAUACUGGUGCAUCAACAUCCGUCGCUCCUCAUGGUCAUCAGCACAACCUUAAUGAGAUACUGGGGAUUUUAGCUCAACAAGUCCUUUCUGCUAUCCCUCAAGAUCAAUUAUUAGCUACUGGACCAGCAGCCACUUCAGCAUUUACUCAACAAGCCCUUUCUGCUAUCCCGCAAGAUCAAUUAUUAGGUAUUGGAGCAGCAGCCACUUCAGCAUUUACUCAACAAGCGCUUUCUGCUAUCCCGCAAGAUCAUUUAUUAGGUAUUGGAGCAGCAGCCACUUCAGGAUUUCCUCCACCUUCCGAUUUAUUGGUUCAUGGCCGCCAAGGUUCCAAAAUACAAGGUUCAGCAUCAGAAGAAACAAGAGAGAAUGUUGCUGCAGAGGAUGGCAAAAAUAGUGACCUCUCAGUUUUAGAGAACACUGGGUUUAAACCAGAAGAGAACACUGAAAAUAAACAUGAAAACGUGAACUUAGAAGUUGAAAGAAAAGUUACGUCUGUUGAAGAGCCAUUGAAGUUUGCCGCUUCUGGGGAUGUGUCUUCUACAUCAGGAGCAGUGAGUGCAGCGGUUUCAGUCUCAAACAGUGAGGUAGUGUCAUCAGAUUCCGCUGUCCAUUCUGGAUUGGAUGGGAAAUUGGCUGAUUAGUAUCUUAAUUAUUAUUCAGUAAACCAAUAAAGUGGUGGGGAAGACCACAAGAGGGGUUUAUACAUGUAGUUAAACGUUCUCUUUUCGAAAAAGUGAACAUUUUGAAGGAUGUAGUUGAAGUGUUCAGGUCUUUUCCUGGCACUUGACAUAUAUGCAGGUCUUAAAACAUUCUUAACCUUAUCAGCCAACCAUUUUCGCUGUUGGUUUUUCGAUUUGCCUCGGGGGGCGUGAAGCCUUGCAUUUCUUGUUUUGCUACUCA